AUGUCCGUCUCGUCCGGCGAAUAUUGGCUGAUUUCGGCACCCGGCGAGAAGGGCGCUAACGACGCUUGGGAUAAACUGAACCGAGCCACUUCAAAUCUCUCGAACAAUUCGAAAUUCAACAUUCCAGAUCUUAAGGUCGGAACACUUGAUCAACUUGUAGGCCUCUCGGAUGAUCUAAGUAAACUUGAUUCAACAGCGGAGGGAGUAACGCGGAAGCUUGUUCAGUAUUUUGGGGAUGUUCUUGAAGAUGAUCGAAGUAAACUGGCUGAGAAUCUGCUCAUCAACAACAAGGACAUCAAGACAUAUGUGACAAAGUUUCAGUGGGAAGGGGCAAAGUAUCCUCUUAAGCAGUCUCUUAAAGUUCUCAGUGAAAUUAUUGGGAAGCAAGUGACGCAAAUUGACAACGAUUUAAAGCAGAAGUCAGUAGCUUAUAACAACCUCAAAAACAGUUUGGCCUCGAUUGACAGGAAAACGACAGGAUCUUUGAUUACGAAGGAUCUCGCUGAUAUCGUAAAGGCAGACGAUUUUGUACUGAAUUCGGAGUAUUUGCAGACGUUGAUGGUUGUCGUCCCAAAACUUAAUGCCAAGGAAUGGGAGCAACGAUACUCGACAUUCACCUCAAUGGUUGUUCCAGGUUCGAGUCGUCUAAUCACUGAAGAAGGUGAACAUGUGUUGUAUUCUGUAACUCUUUUCAAGAAAGUUAUGGACGAGUUCAAGAUGGUCGCCAGGGAAAACAAAUUCAUUGUACGUGAUUUUGUGUACGAUGAGGAGUCGCUGAAAGCCGGAAAGAGUGAACGUGACAAGUUGGUAGCGGAGAAACAGCGGCAAUAUGCUCCACUCAUUAGAUGGUUGAAGAUCAAUUUUGGAGAGAUCUUCGCCGCGUACAUCCACGUAAAGGCCCUCCGUGUUUUCGUCGAAUCCGUUUUACGGUAUGGAUUGCCUGUUAACUUCCAAGCUGCUGUUGUGGAGCCCGCUAAAGGAUCACAAAAGAAGCUGCGUGCAGAGCUGCAUAAACUCUAUAUCCAUCUUGAUGGAUCAGCAGCAGGUCCCAUCGAUACUCUAGAAGAUUCUCCAGCGUUGAUGUCCUUGGGUGUGAAUGAGUACUAUCCAUACGUAUUCUUCAAGUUAAAUCUGGAUUUCAUAGAUAAGAACGGUGAUAUGGCUGAGGUGUAUGUCAGCGGUCAGAUUGAGUCAGCUGAUGGGUUCGCGGACAACAGGGUAUGCUGUCGCUGGUCGCUGCAAACAGGCGGAGGUUGGCGAGUCGUUGAAGGUGCUGUCGAAGGUCAAACACAAACUGAUCUACCUUCCGUCUUCGAAGAAGCCUAUUUUGCACAUCCAAUUGAGCUGCAUCUGGCCACGAAGACAAUACAAGGUUGGCCUCGGAUACAACUUCAAGUGUGGCAUCAUGAUGCGUAUGGAAGACAAGAAUUGGUUGGUUACGGAUCAUUAUUUCUGCCAAGUACACCCGGGGAACAUGAGUUGGUAUGCAAUAUGUGGCGACCGAAAGGCACGACUCGAGAAGAGAUGAUGCAACGAUUUAUCGGUGGUGGCAUACAGGUGAAUUCAUUGUCAAUAUUAGAAGAUACAACGGAACGGAUGCAGAUCAGUACAGUGGCGAUGGGACGCGUUCGAUUACGACUCUACGUGAUCACACGACAUUUCGAACAGUUCGGAAUUUUAUCGUAG